CAUCCUGGCCCCAAAUUAGUGGGACAAGCAACAACAAAUAAUGGCUUCCCUUCCUUUUUACCCUGCUUUCAAGAGCCCAGAGACUGGAAUUUACAAGUCCCAAUUUUGUCCUUCAAAGCCUAAUAGAGCUUCAUGCAAAAUUCCUUCUCUUCUCCCCUUGAACAGGUCAAGAAUUGCAAUAGCAAAUGCUUCUUCAAUCGCAUUUCAGACUGAUCCCAAUCAUCUCGUCGACUCAAUCCUUUCCAAGGUGGUGAACACUGAUAGGGGUGUUAUGCUUGCCAAAGAUGACCACAAAAAUGUAGCUGAACUGGCACAGAAAUUGGGGGAAUUUUGUGUCUCUCAGCCGGUCAAGAAUCCUCUUAUAUUUGGAGAGUGGGAUGUUGUGUAUUGCUCAAAUCCUACAUCACCUGGAGGUGGUUAUCGGAGUGCCAUUGGUCGCCUCAUAUUUAAAACAGAGGAGAUGGUUCAGACAGUGAAAGCUCCUGAUUAUGUCUACAACAAAGUCACCUUCUCCAUAUUUGGUUUCCUCAAUGGAGAGGUUUCCUUAAAAGGUAAGCUCAUUGCAUUGGAUGAUAAAUGGAUACAAGUAAUCUUUGAGCCCCCACAAUUGAAGGUCGGGGCUUUGGAGUUUGAGUAUGGUGGUGAGAGUGAAGUUAAACUGAAAAUCACUUACAUAGAUGAGAAGGUGAGACUGGGCAAGGGAUCUAGAGGCUCCCUUUUUGUUUUCCACAGGCGUGCUUAGUAGUGAACUAGUAAUCAAAGUUGUAUCUUUCACAAUUGGAGAAUAUUUUGAUAGAGCUUCUGAUUUAAAGAAAUCGUGGUUAAUUGCCACCCCUCAAUCCC